CUAUCACAAUCUCCACUAUUCUUACAUCCUCCAAUUUUUCAGAUGCUCUCCGAAGAGCAUCUCCGCUCCAUUUCCCUCUCCGACUCCGAUGAGACGGGAUCCAGCUCUCGGAUAUCCUUCUCAUCGGAGUUUCUCGAUGAGAGCAACUUCAUCACCAUAUGCCCCAGCCCUCGGGCGGAGAGGGAGGAGCGGUGGCCCGGGGUUGACUUCGAGUUCCUCUCCGGAAACCUAACCGGCAUGAUCGCCGCCGACGAGCUCUUCAGCGAAGGAAAGCUGCUCCCCUUUCGCCCAAUCCACCACGCCGGCAACGGGAUCCUCCUGAAACCCGACUGCUUAGACGAGGCGCUGGUGAGAGUCGAACACGGUGAAAAGGAUCGGGAGGCCAGGAUGGCGUGGUUCCUCGACGAGGAUCCGUCUCCUCGGCCUCCCAAGUGUACUGUUUUGUGGAAGGAGUUGCUCAGGCUGAAGAAGCAACGCCCUUCCACGCUUUCUUCGUCAAAUUCUUCUUCUUCCUCCUCUUCCUCCUCCUCUUCCCGAACUUCAGUGGCUAAAGUUCGGGGAGAGGCAGUGGGGAAUAGUGAGAAAAGUAGCAAUAAAUUAAAGAAAGGAUCGUUUAGUAUAAGAAUUAAGCCGGCUUUGAAUGUGCCUAUCUGCAUUCAGGCGAAGAACGCCGCGCUGCCGCCAUUGUUUUCCUCCAGAAAAGGUAGAUCAUAGACGAGAGAGAGAGAGGGAGUUUGGUUUAAUGGUUUUGGUUGCAUUGAUUUCAUGUUAUUUUGUUAGGGUUUGUUAUAACUGAAUUGAAUUUACAACUCAAUCUGGUUGUAUAAUUUGGUUGAUGUGUAACUGUUUCAAUCUCUAAUUAAAUCUUGAUCUUCUUAAGUUUGAAUGUGGAGAAACAUGAUCCAGAUAACCUGGAAACCCUUUAGUUUUAUGGGGCCAAAUAUUGCAAUUAUUGCAUAAAGAGUGAUGAAGCAUAUCAUUAUUUCCAGGUUUGAUUGUUGUAUUUUUUAAUUGUUCACUAUUGUAAUUUUUUGGUGUAAUAAUUAAUUAAGUACUAGUUACCCCUUGACUGCUUUUGAUAUAAUCUAUAAUAACUCCAAAGCUGUACUUUAUUCGAAUUA